UUCGAGGCUCCUUUCAGCCCUCCAGCUGCAGUCGAACGCGAUCCGCAGCCUUUGACGGUCGUUCGUCCGUCAGCUGCGCUUUUCCGACGCCAUUUGUCGUAAAUUUUUGCCUUUUAUUAAUUCCAUUCCGUCAUUAAUUCCUAUUAAUAUUAAUUUAUUUAUAAAGGCUGAAACAAAAGGCGCUUUCGGAUUAUAAUCCAAACUGUUACAAAUUAAUGUAAUAGCAUAAUCGGGUGAGGAUAUAGUGAUUCGGGAAGGGAAUUAAUUCUAUUUUCAGUAUUUACCAUUAAAUAAUUGUGUGAUUUUAAUUGUGCAUAUUACAUUGCAAAUUUUUCAAAGGAAUGUUUCGAAGCAGUUAUAUUUGGAUAUAUUUUGUUGCUGGAAGUCGUAGUGUGAGAUGCUGGAAUUCCAAACAUGUGACUUCUGAUGAAACGUAUAUCGUUUCCCGAAAUUAUUUCUGCGAAGAAAAAUGAAGACGGCGGUCAUCCAUCAUCAUUAAAAAGAACACGAUUAUUUUUGGAAGAUGAAAAAUAAGGCGAUGCUAGCAUGAUCGAUAUUGGCGCGAUUAGUAUCCUGACGAUCUUCCUGAUUCUUGGCAAUCUCGAGGCAGUCGUAGUUAUAAACCAUCAUCCUGAUGAUGAGUACGUCCUUGAACAUGAAAUCCUUCGCGAGGAAGCGCUUGCUGAAGCGAAGAAUCUGACGAUAUAUUCCGGACCUAUUCCGGGAUGUAAGCCUUGCACCAACUCCGAGAUGACUUACUGCAAGGAUGGAAGUAUCAUCAACGAUCAUUGUUGCUGCGAUGGCAAUUACAACAGAGUGUUUCCUUUCGUCGAGCACACUUGUCGCGUGGGACCAGAAGAAUGCAAAGUGCAGGCUGAGGACUGCGCAGAAUAUACGAGACUGCGAGAAUGUUGUUGCCAUUUGUACUUGGCCUCCGUCUGGAAAUAUCGGGCGACUGGCGCAGGAUCGCACCUCAACACGAAUCUCACAAAGUUCCUGAUAAUUUUGACAAUACUCAGGUUGCAUCUGUUGCUGACUUAAAGUACACCCUCGCAAUAUCAGAAAACAUAUUGUGUACUAUUAUUUUAUAUAUAUAUAUAUAUAUAUAUAUAUAUCUUUGUUUAGAACAUGAUUGUAUCAAUCAUUGUUUGGAACAUGAUUAUAUUAAACGGACGCCGAUAAAUUGAAAUUUGAUAGAAUGUAUAAUGUGCAACGAGUGAUGUUAAGAAUGUUUUUAAUAGUUUUCUUCAUUUCAGCAUUUUGUAUCCUAAAAUGUAAAUAUAUUGUAUGAUAUUAUAUA